AUGGCGGAGGUGGCGCGGCGGCUGGUGCAAAAAGUGGUGACCGGCAGCCUCAAGCUUGCCCUGGUUGCUACUAAUUACUCUAAACCACGUCUGGCUACCUUCUGGAAAUAUGCUUGGGUGGAGCUGAAUCCUCCAACUCCUGGAGAAAUCCCAAUGGUUGUUGAAAGCUUCAACGGUCUUGUGGCAUCAUUUAAGGCUGGGAAUUACAAACAAGUAACUGUAAAGGAUGCCCCAAGGAACACGCAUGUGGCCACAGAAAUUGUGAUGUGGUUUUACAUUAGCGAGGUCAUUGGCCGAAGAAGCCUAAUUGGAUAUAAUGUCUGAACUCUAUCCU